AUGCGUGACGACACCAUCGUGGCUGGCCUCUCUGUUCCGUCAUCUGCACGUCCCAGUUCGGCAUUCGUGUCCUUGCAAAAGGGCGAGGAUAUUCUGCCAGCAGCUCCCGCUAUUCUGCCACCAAGUCUUACGUAUGUGCCCGAGACUGGCGGUCGUGUGGCGGCCGCAGCUACACUUGGUGGCAGAAUAGCGGGAGCUGCUGGCAGAAUAUCCUCGCCCUUGCAAAAAGUUGACUCGCCCACAAUCAUCGACAUCGGAAAUCGGGGACUGGACGGGGGUGGGCAGCUCAAUCAAGCACAAGUUACAGGGCUGGAAAGAAAUUGUCCGGUCUUGCCGUGCCAGCGUUCCAGCGUCUUUGCGCCCGCAAACGAUCAUCACCUCCCGCAUCCUCGUCUUAACAUCGCGGACUACAUGCCUCUUACCGCAACCAGAUCUCACCUGGACCCUACAAGAAUACACACCUUCUGCCAUUCAUCCACACUUUGCCGUCCAGUCUCCCCUGUUCGCAACCACGCGCCUCCGCCGCUUCUGAAACAGCCUGACGCACCCCAGGGGCUUCCACCUCGACCCUCGACCCUCGACCCUCGACCCUCGAGCCCCCCCUUUUGCCCUUUUGCGCACAUCUCGCACCACUCACGCAUCGCGCCAGUCUGGUUGACCCCUGGCUUCGACUCCACUGCUUCGAGAAAAUCCCAUCGAAGGGCCUCCAUCCUUUCGAUCCAACUCCCAGUCGUCUCUGCUUCGCCUCCCACCGUCCGCCCGUCCUCUCCUCUCCAGACUCUCCCACCACCACCAUUUGCGCUACCCAUCCUGUCCUUGUCCGAACAAGUCACUUUGCUUGCUCGACUACCAGACGCCCUGACAGAACAACCGGGCACACCCUUCCAAGCUCAACGUCGCACGAUUGCCAACUCUUCACAACCUGCUUGUUUACUCCGUCUUAACAACACCCUGGACGACAACCUCCUCCUCUGA